AUGGGCACGAGCAGCGAUCCGGUUCAAGAUGGUUCCGAUGAGCAGCAGAAACGAUCAGAGAUCUACACAUACGAAGCACCAUGGCACAUCUACGCGAUGAAUUGGAGCGUUCGUCGCGAUAAGAAGUACCGUCUCGCCAUCACCAGCCUCCUCGAGCAGUACCCGAACCGAGUCGAGAUUGUUCAGCUCGAUGAAUCCAAUGGCGAGAUCCGUUCAGACUCAAAUCUCGCCUUCGAGCAUCCUUACCCACCAACCAAAACCAUUUUCAUCCCCGACAAGGAAUGUCAGCGACCUGAUCUUCUCGCUACCUCAAGCGAUUUCCUUCGUUUAUGGCGAAUCGCCGAUGAUCACUCCCGUGUUGAGCUCAAAUCUUGUCUCAAUAGCAACAAAAACAGUGAGUUUUGUGGUCCUUUAACUUCAUUUGACUGGAACGAAGCUGAGCCACGACGUAUCGGUACCUCAAGCACUGAUACGACUUGUACUAUUUGGGAUAUUGAGCGUGAAGCUGUUGAUACUCAGCUUAUUGCACAUGACAAGGAAGUUUUCGACAUUGCUUGGGGUGGUGUUGGGGUUUUUGCUUCUGUUUCAGCUGAUGGAUCCGUUAGGGUUUUUGAUCUUCGUGAUAAGGAACAUUCGACGAUUAUCUAUGAGAGCUCUGAGCCAGAUACUCCUUUGGUGCGUCUUGGUUGGAACAAGCAGGAUCCUAGGUACAUGGCUACUAUUAUCAUGGACAGUGCUAAAGUCGUGGUGCUCGAUAUUCGUUUUCCGGCUCUUCCAGUUGUGGAGCUUCAACGGCAUCAAGCUAGUGUCAAUGCCAUAGCUUGGGCUCCUCAUAGCUCUUGUCACAUUUGUACUGCAGGAGAUGAUUCACAAGCUUUGAUUUGGGAUAUUUCUUCAAUGGGACAACAUGUUGAAGGUGGUCUUGAUCCUAUUCUUGCUUACACUGCUGGUGCUGAGAUUGAGCAGCUUCAAUGGUCUUCUUCUCAGCCUGAUUGGGUCGCGAUUGCUUUCUCAACGAAGCUGCAAAUUCUCAGGGUUUGA